AUGGUCAAGGCUUCGGCGAGUCAGCCGCGGCUUUCCAACGUCCUCGUCUUUGACAAUGGCGCAUCCACCAUCAAGGCUGGAUUUGCGGCUAGAAACACCGACCUUUCAGACUGCACCGUAGUUCCCAAUUGUAUCGCACGCUCCCGGGACCGGAGACUCUACAUCGGAAAGCAACUUGAGAACUGCAAGGAUUUCGGGUCUAUAGUAUUUCGGCAGCCUGUGGAGAAGGGAUAUAUUGUCAAUUGGGAAUCUCAAAAGGAGAUCUGGGAUAGGCUGCUUCUCGACGACGAAUCGCCUUUGAAGUGUGAUGCGAAAACAACCACCCUAAUUCUUACCGAAGCGCCUAAUGCGCCAACUCCGCUUCAAACCAACGUUGACCAGAUAAUUUUCGAGGAAUACGAGUUCGGUGCUUACUAUAGAUGCCCCGCAUCGCAGUUGGUUUCUUGGAACGACAUCGGCCAACUCUUCGACCCGGGGACACAGACCCAGCAUAAUGCCGCAGAAUGUGUCCUGGCCGUCGACUGCGGUUAUAGCUUCACUCAAGUGAUCCCCGUUAUCAAUGGAAAGCCCUAUCAAGCAGGUAUUCGACGUAUCGAUGUUGGCGGGAAAGUUCUUACAAAUUACUUGAAGGAAAUGUUUUCUAUUCGCCAGCUUAACAUGAUGGAUGAAACAUACAUUGUCAAUGAAAUCAAAGAGAGCUGUUGCUAUGUUUCCAGCGACCCUAAACGAGACCUCGAUAUUUGCAAACGGAAGAAACGGAAUGGUAUUGUUAAAGAAUAUGUUCUCCCGGACUAUAAAAAUUUGCACAAAGGUAUACUACGAGAUGUGCCGGAAAGAUACCACUUAGGCAAAGAUAUGGAACAGACUCUACUUGUCGGAAAUGAAAGGUUUAUGGCGCCAGAGCUGCUGUUCCAUCCUGGCGAUGUGGGAUAUCGGCAAGCUGGCCUCACCGAGAUCAUCAUGAAAUCCAUUGAGAGCGUCCCGGAAGAACACAGGGCGUUGUUGCUAGCGAACAUUGUACUUAUCGGUGGCAAUGCUCUGCUAAAAGGGUUGAAGGAACGUUUGGAAGCCGAGUUGAUCCCCAUGGCUCCGGAGAACCAUAUGGUUCGGAUUAGUAUUCCCGAGGAUCCUAUUAAAUUCGCGUGGCAAGGUGGGGUGGCGCUUGGAAACAACAAGACAGCAUUAGAGCAGCACCGAAUAACGAGGGCGGACUAUCAAGAACACGGGGCUACAUGGCUGGCAAAAAGAAUGCUGGGCCAACAGGCGCCCAUAAUCCAGACAGCAGGUAGCGCAGCCACGGUCCCCAACAAACGACGACGCUCUCCGGGGUAG